AUGCCAAAAUCUGGUACAGUAUGGCAAAGGCGCUUCCAUUAUAAUCUAAAUUGGGCAUUUCAUUUCUCAGAUCACAGUCUGCUCAGUGGAUGGCCAGUGGAGCUUGUACAUCAGGUAGAACCAUCAAUCAGCCUCUCAUAUUCUGGCCAAGGAGUCAGCAGUGGUAUGAUUAGCUUUGGUGUUGGAGAUGAAGUCACUCGUAGCAGCACACCCAAUCAGUCAGAACAGGACAGGGCUCCAAACUCUGAGGAAACCUCUCAGUCCCAGGAAGCAUCAAAACACAAACCUGAAAGAGGUGAACAGCCCUGCUGCUCAUCAACUUCAUCCUCCUUAGCAUCAUCAUCAUCCUCUUUGUAUCAGCCCCAGCAAGUUAGAGCUCAUACAUUAACAACUUCGAGUUCUAGUCCUGCCAUCUGUGAUAUGGAAGUGGGAGCCUCAUCUAGUCAAGAAGGGAGAGAUACUUUGGGUCCUGAGGUUGUGACAGCAGGAUCAUCAAACCGGGGGGCAGUUGCAAGUGAGAUAAACCUGGGACACACUGUAGAUUUUGGAGAAGAUGACAGCGAUGACGAGUCAGCAACUGCCAGGUAAAGUACUGUACAUCCCCGCCCUGCAUCCAGAAGCAGGAGGUGCUAAAUAUGGUGGUACUUGUAAG